AUGAAGAGAACAACUGAAGAAAGCAACACUGGAAUUAGAUGGAGAUUCACAUCAAAACUCGAAGAUUUAAACUUUGCAGACGAUAUUGCACUUGUGUCACCAAACUGUCAGCAAUUGCAAAUAAAAGCUACAAAACUCUCACAAUUUGCUGCACAAACUGGCCUCAAAAUUAAUAAGAAGAAAUCAGAAGUGUUAAGGAUAAAUAGCAACAGUAAUAAUAGAAUACAAAUGGGAGAACAGCAACUAAAUGAAGUCGAUAAAUAUACUUACCAGGGUGCUAUUGUCAGUAAACAAGGAGGAGGGGGAGAUGAUAUCAUUAACAGAAUUCAUAAGGCCAGAAUAUCAUUCAUGAAGUUAAAUAGAAUAUGGAGUUCACACAUUUACACCCUAGCUACCAAACUGAGGUUAUUUAACACACUUGUCAAAUCAGUUCUACUAUACGGAUGUGAGACCUGGAAAGUAAACCAAAGUGACGAAUUGAAACUAGACACAUUCCAGUUCAAGUGCUUAAGAAGAAUCCUCAAAAUUAGAUGGCCGUACAUUGUACAAAAUAAUGUAAUUCUACAGAAAACAAAUUCGAAGAAGAUAAGUACAGAAAUCAUGUCUCGUAGAUGGAAAUGGCUUGGACACAUAUUGCGAAUGGACCAAAACAAAAACUGCUACACUGCAUUAACUUGGAAACCUGAAGGGAAAAGAAGAGUUGGUCGCCCCAAAACAACGUGGCGGAGGACUGUUGAAAAGGAAAGAGAGUGUCUUGGAUGGAAAUCAUGGAAUGAAGCCAGACAUGUUGCAUAUGACAGGGCGGGUUGGAAAGAGU